AUGGCACUGCUCACCCACCUUCUGGCCUGUGCCUUUGGCAUGGGCUCCUGGGUGGCCAUCAACGGGCUGUGGGUGGAGGUGCCACUGCUGGUGACGGUGCUGCCGGAGCAGUGGUACCUCCCCUCCUACAUCACCAUCAUCAUCCAGAUGGCCAACGUGGGACCGCUCUUCGUCACCCUCAUGAAUCGCUUUCGGCCUGGCUUGAUGAAGGAGGUGGCUGUUAUCUAUGUGAUCGUGUCCGUGGGUGUCAUGGCCUGCUUGCUCCUGGCUUUCCUCUGGAACCACACGACCCUCAUUGCCGGGACAUCCCACAGCAUCCCCUUCCUGAUCCUUACCUUCUUCCUGGCCCUGGUGGACUGCACCUCCUCUGUCACCUUCCUGCCCUUCAUGAUGCAGCUGCAGCCCCAGUACACGAACACCUUCUUCAUAGGUGAAGGGCUAAGUGGGCUGAUCCCUUCUCUCAUUGCCCUGGGCCAGGGCUCUGGUAUCUCCAGCUGCACCAAUGUCAGCUACGAGGUCAACAUCACCACUGGCAACGAGACUGUGGAGAGCACCGACUUCCAUCUGGAGACGCACUACCUCCCACCCAACUUCUCCACCCUUGUCUUUUUCCUGCUCAUGACUGCAAUGAUGCUGACCUGCUUGCUGGCCUUCUUCUUCCUCACCCGGCAGCCCAGGGUGUGGGAGCUCUCUCAGCAGCACCUCUUUCCCAGCAGCAUUGUGCUGAACUCAUUUGACCAGAUCCUUGACGAGGGAGCUGACUCACACCUGAGCAGAGGCUGCUCCUGCCCUAAGGAUCCCAAGGGACCCGGGGACAUCCUGCCACAGAAGGUCUCCUACUCCCUAACCCAGCUCACCCUCAUCUACCUUCUCAUCGCCUGGGUGAGCGCCCUGACAAACGGGGUCCUGCCAUCCGUGCAAUCCUACUCGUGCCUGCCCUACGGACACACCACCUACCACCUGGCAGCCACGCUCAGCUCCAUGGCCAACCCCCUGGCCUGCAUCGUGGCCAUGUUCCUGCCCAGCAGAUCCCUGACCCUGAUGGUCAUCCUCACUGUAGCAGGGACAGGCUUUGGUGCUUACAACAUGGCCAUCGCAGUGAUGAGUCCCUGCCCGCUCCUCCAGCAGUCCCAGUGGGGCGAUGUCAUCAUCGUCCUCUCCUGGGUGCUGUUCACCGGGACGCUCUCCUACAUGAAGGUGAUGGCCGGGGUGAUCCUGCGGAGCCGCAGCCGCAGCGCGCUGGUGUGCUACGGGGUGCUGGAGCAGCUGGGCUCCCUCCUGGGGGCACUGCUCAUGUUCCCCCUCGUCAACGUCUAUGGCCUUUUCAAAUCUGCUGACUACUGCAGCCUGCAGUGCCCAGCAUGAGCGGGGUGGACGCCCCAAGACCACUGCUCUUGCCAGCAUGAGCUCCCAAAAUCAGGGAGGCUGACUGGCUGGGAAGCAGCACUGGGACCAGGACUGCUGCAGACACAGCUCCCUGAUGGACUCUGCCAGGGCGCAGCAUCUCCAGGGCUUUGUCCCCAGCCUGGGCACGGGGUGUUCCCAUGCUGUGAAAGUAAUAGAAGAUGUUUUAUUUUACUCGGCCCUCUGCCUCCCUGCUGCCUGCACCCCCCAUGUUGAGGGGGCUGUCUGUGCCAGUGCCCCCCACCUGGGUACCUCUCAACUGGGGCCAUGCCCACUCCCUUCCCCUGGGGGAUCUGGCACCGUUUGGCAUCGUGCCCUAAAGCCCCCCUGCACUCUGUGGGUGAGCACAGCCCCAGCUGCAGGCGUUCGUGGCUCUGUGCUGUGGCAGGUGCCCCCAGACAGGGGCUUUGCAGCCAGCUGGGGGGACAGGGGACAAAGGCGGCCAUGGGGAGGGGGCUGGUUUGGGAACAUGGAACAUUCACAAGGCCCCCAAUAACAGCUGGGGAAACUGAGGCACAGUGGGACUGGAGCGACAUGUGAUAUUUGCCACCUUCUACUGUGGUCCAAUCCAUGCUUUCUGCUCCCUCCCCAUAGCCCUGCACCCCCCUGCACCCCAUUUCAGCCCCGCUGCACCUUGAGGUGGGCAGAGCUGGAUGGGGGGUGCAGCAGAGCCGCGCAGCAGAGCAGCGCAGGCAGAGUGCCCGUGGCAGGGGUGGCACAGCACCAGCGCCGGGAUUGGCCCACCUGUGCCCCAGCCGUGCCAGCAGGGCAGGGGGCAGGUGGACGCUGGGAUGUGGCAGGCACGGGAGGUCAGGGCAACGCAGCCCCGGGAUGGGACAGCGCCCGUGCCCUGCACGCGCCUGCGCCCCUUCCCUGGGGCACGAGGCAGCCGGGCCUUUGUCCCCGGCCCUUUGUCUGGCAUCUGCUCCCUGCGCCAGCGGCAGCACCAGACCACGGAUUGGAGCCACUUCGGGGCUCCGGCUGCGACCCGGACGCCUCUGGGAAGAACGAGACUGGAAUAGCUAAUGGCCAGCAGCCCCCCAGGCUGGCAGCGGUGGGGGUCCUGCAGCUGAGGCAGCAGAGAGGGCAGGAGUGGGGGCUCUGCCUCCUGGCACUAGCGGGCAUCCUCUGGCAGAUCCUGGCUGAUGCCAGAGCCCGUGUCCAGGAUCCAUGGAGGGUGGGGGAGCUGAGGACCAGUGGGAGAUGUGGGGGCACCGCGGGGCAGCUUGUCUCAUUCCAGUAGCAGGAUAUGUCCCUUGUGGGUAGGCUGGGAGCUGGAGUAGGGACCUGACCUCUCUCCUCCUGCCCCCCGAGAGGAUGAUCCUGCCCUUGGGAGCCCCCAAAACCCCUCACCCACAGUACCCCCGCAGCCCCCUCCCUCUUGUCGGGGAAACAAUUGCCUCCGAUGGGAAUUAUUUCCAUACAGCUGCUCAGGAAGGCACAAACCCGGUGGAGGAAGGCUGAGCCUUUCUUCUGGCGCUGCUCCCCCUCCCCACAGCGGCGGGGGCAGGUUUGGGGGGGCCCAGGCGCUGCCGUCAGCGCUAUCAGCUCGGCAGGGCUGGCUGCGGUUAUUACCAUACAUUAUCGCAGUCCCCUGCCUCCGAAAGGAGCCGGGGCUGCUCCCCCCUCCCAGCCCUCCCUCCUCCUGCCUUUUACACUUAAUUACCUCCCUUAUUACACCGCAGCCUGGAGAGAGACAAAAUCCCAGGGCAGCGGGCAGGCAGGCAGGCAGGCAGCGGGCGGGCAGGCAGCGGGCAGGCAGGCCCAACUAGGGCGUAAGUAAUCGCCCGUUCUGCAGGCGUGCCUUCCAGGAGAGAACAGGCACACGCACGGAUAAAUAAAUCAGGCAGCGGAGGCCGGGAGCCCAGCGUGUGUGUGGGAUGCCGCGGGCAGCCCGGCAGGCGAUGUCCCCUCGGGGCCGCAGCCCUGCGGGAGAGGUGACCUUGAACUUGGCAGAGCCUUGACGUCAGGGCAGCGCUGGGGGGACAGAUGGGACUCGUGGCGCUGCCGGCAGUCCCUGGCCAAGGGCUGCGGGAGCAAGUGGAGAGACCCCAGCCCACAUGGGGAGCAGCCCUGGGACCCUGUAGGAUGUGGAAUGCUGUGGAUAUGGGAUGCU